AUGCGUCAUUCACAAAAAGUUUCAAACUCAAUUCAUGGGAAGGUUACCCAAGGAACGGGCGUCCUUUUCGCGGCCCUUUACCCUUACUGGUAUGGACUAUGCCGGAUCCUUCGACGUCAAAAACUACACGACGAGCCUGCCUCAUUACAAAAGGGUAUGUGUUGGUAUUUGUGCUUCUCCACCAAGGAUAUCCAUUUAGAGCCGACGUCCGACCUCGAAGAGCUGUCCACGUUUUUGGUUAGGAUCGAAGUGUGCUUGAAUUCGCGUCCGCUAGCGCCAAUGUCCGAAGACCCCGCGGACCUGUUGAAACUUACGCUUGGGCACUUUCUUGUUGGAGGGCCCCUUCUCGCAACGGUUGAACCCGAGAUAAAGGGGGAUACAACGUCCAUCAUAAACCACUGGCAACACCUGAAGGCUCUCCUUCAGCAAUUUUGUCUGCGAUGGAAGGAAGAGUACCUUAAAGAAUGUAGCAAAGGUCGUCCUUCUUCCGAUGGAAGCAGACGGCUGCCCGAAAUAAACAGUAGCCUGUCCACUCCAAUGUUCCUCGUCACUGUGUGUUUUAUAUUAUAUCAAGCACGAUGUCUCCACGUCAGCGCAUCGCCACCGCAUUGGAAAGCAGAUGUACUCGAGGUACCAACUCCUACCGUUGCUAAGUCUGCAGUGGGAUCCACCCGUUACGGAAAUGCAGCCGAUUUCUGCGCUUGA